AUCCUAGCUAAUAGCUAGCAACCUGCUGCAGACAGGAUCGUGUUAUGCAACCAAGUCCCUUGAAAGCUCCUUCAUGCUAUUCACUGCAAACUUGCCAUAGAUCAAAUGGCUACAUGAGUAUCAAACUUCCUCCAAAUCCAUAGCGAAGCGGCCGCUUCGAAGAUGAGAAGUUAGAACAGUCGAUGGCUGCUAUUCAUCAACGUGUAUGUGCUAUGAUCUCAAUAUUCGUGCACAUCGCUUUUACUAGUUGCUCCUAUCACGGCUCCGAGGCCGUCUGCAUACUCACAGAAACAUACUCGAAAAUCGCGAUAGACUGCGUCAAUUUUACGUGUAGUUGGACCCUGCUUAAUACAGCUAGCAGAAUCAUGAAAUAUCUCCUAUUGCUAUCUCCUUUCCAAACAUGUCUGUUGUUUCUCUAAAUUACGCCUUAUCAGAUAAUCUUCUCGGUAGGGUCACCCGGUCACCUGCCGCAGCAAAUCCCUAAUACGGCGUCCAACGGUCCAUCAUGGAUCAAUCAGUUGACCUGUCACAUAUAUAAACCCAUCAAACAGAUCAAAUACAUCAGGGU